UCCUGGUCCUUCAACUACGAAGAUCAAUGGCUCCCCUGCGCUCACUCUCCCUCGCAGAUCCACCUGGAGCUGUUGUCGGCCGGAAAGAUCCCUGAUCCGUUUGAAGGGAUGAAUGAGAAAGAUCUACAGUGGAUUGGGGAGAGGUGUUGGACUUAUCGCUGCGAAUUCGAGAUUCCGGAACUUGAUCAUGACGAUCUGAAGACAGUGUUGGUGUUUGAGGGACUUGAUACGUUCGCGACAGUCCGGCUGGAUGGAAAACAGAUUCUCAAAUCCGAAAAUCAAUUUCACACACAUCGCAUCCCAACCAACCUCACCCCCGGCCGCACCCACACCCUCACGCUAACCUUCUCCUCCGCCCUCCACCACGGCCACGCCCUCCUCCACACGCACGGCAACCGCGCCCUCUGGAACGGCGAUGCAUCCCGCCUCUACGUCCGAAAAGCGCCCUACCACUACGGCUGGGAUUGGGGGCCCGUGUUGAUGACGUGUGGACCGUGGAGGGAGGUCAGGGUUGAGAGGUACGAGGGCAGGUUGGUGGACGUGGUUGCGAAGGUGGAGGUUACCGAUAAUCUCAGUACUGCGACUCUUGAUGUUGAGGUCGAGACGGAGGGUGGGGAUGUUGUUACGAUUCAGUUGUUUAGCCCUGAGGGGGAUUUGGUUGUGGAUGGGCAAGAUGUUAGGGUUGGGAAGGAUGGGAAGGGAAGGACGGAAAUCACGCUGAAGGAUCCGGAGUUGUGGUAUCCGCACUCACUCGGCGUACAACCCCUCUACGAACUCCGCGCCGUCCUCACAUCCCCCACUUCCCCAUCCACCACACACACCCUAACCCGCCCCCUCGGCCUCCGCCGCGCAAAGCUGAUUCAGCGCCCACUCAAACACGACGCGCCCGGCACGACCUUUCAUUUCGAAAUUAAUGGUGUUCCGAUGUUCGUUCCCGGUGCGGAUUGGAUCCCGGCUGAUUCGUUUACGUGUCGUCUCACCGACAAAGAUUACGAGGACUGGGUUGAUUUGGCGGUUAGGGGUGGGCAUGCCAUGCUCCGAGUCUGGGGUGGCGGAAUCUACGAAUCCGAGGCGUUUUAUCGGGCCUGUGAUGAGAAGGGUGUCUUGGUGUGGCAAGACAUCUUGUUCGCAUGCGGGCAGUACCCAACCCACCCCGAGUUCUUGUCGAGUGUGGAGAGGGAGGUGAAGGAGGAAUUGGGAAGGUUAAGACAUCAUCCGUCCAUCGUCUUGGUGUGUGGGAAUAAUGAGGAUUACAUGCUUGCGGAACAACUCAAACUCGAGUAUGAUCCCGAGGACACGAAUCCCGAGAAUUGGCUCAAGACGAGUUUUCCGGCAAGGUGGAUAUACGAGAAGUUGUUACCGGAAUGCGUUGAGGAUGUCGCGCCGCAUAUCGAUUACCACCCCGGUUCGCCGUGGGGUGGGAAAGAUACGAUGGAUCCAAACGGAGGCGAUCUACAUCAGUGGAACGUCUGGCACGGAUCGCAGGCACCGUAUCAAACCUAUCCAGCCCUAGGCGGAAGAUUUGUCUCCGAAUUCGGAAUGCAAGCAGCCCCACACCCACGUACCAUCAAAUCCUUCACACACGGCAUGAGUGAGGGAGAGGUAUACCCCCAAAGCGCAGUGAUGGACCACCACAACAAAGCCGAUGGCCACGAAAAGCGGCUCGGGGGGUACCUCGUCGAGAAUUUCCGUUGGAAGGACGAUAUACCCGGAUGGUCCUACGCAACUCAGUUGUUGCAGUCUGAGGCAUUGUCAACGGCAUACCGACAUUGGCGCCGUGCGUGGAGGGGGGAGGGGAGGGAGGAGUGUGGUGGGGUUUUGGUGUGGCAGUUGAAUGAUUGUUGGCCGUGUACGUCGUGGGCUGUCGUUGAUUAUGAGAAGAGGGCGAAGAUGGCAUGGUUCACAAUCCGGCGUGAGCUCGCCACGAUUUCUGUUGGGGUCGAGCGGGUGGAGAAGAGGGAUGGGCCAGAGGGUGAGAAGGUGGUGAAGGGUGCGGUGGAUGGGCAACCGGGUCAACCGUUUGAUUAUGCGGAGAAGAAGGUUGUGUUGAAUGCGUGGGCGUGCAAUGCCUCGCUCAAGUCCGUUUCUGCCAUCUUACAGCUUCGCGCGUACGAAAUCAAGAGCGGCGAAGAACUCCCCGCACUACGUCUCCGGAAAGAAGUCACGCUCGCACCAAACUCCUCUACCGAAAUCCUGACAGAAAUCGACGCGGAAGACACAGACGUCGUCUACAACGCCUGUCUCCUCGCCCCCGAAGACGAUGCCGCGUUCGCAUGUACCUCUUCCUGGCCCCAACCUUUCAAACACAGCCUCUUCCCCGCCCGGAACGUCCAGCUCACCAUCUCUCCCGACCGCACCUCCGUCACCGUCACCGCCGAUCGUCCGACGAAGGGCGUUUGGCUCGAUGUGGUGGGUGAUGAUGAUAGGGGUGUGAACUGGGGUGAUAAUUGUUUAGAUGUGUUUCCGGGGGAUGAGAGGGUUGUGGAGGUUGAGGGG